AUGGAUGCUGACGCACAAACCCAGCCCACUUUACCUGUUAGUGAUGAGCCCUCUCGAAGUCGACGCGUCCGUGAUUUUCGCCGGGGCUACCACGCCUGCGAGCUGUGUCGGAAGAAGAAGAUCCGCUGUAUCGUCGACAAACCUGGGGCGUCAUGCUUGAGAUGUCAACGAGAAGUCAAAGAAUGUGUAUUCAGCGAUGAGCGGUCUCACCGGAAGCGUAACAAGACUGCUACCAGAAGAGGAUCAUCGGAACAAGGUACGCGUCUAUCUCUAGCCUCUGAUCUUAUGUCCAUCUCUUCACCCUCUGCAACCCAUUUUGCUAACGUGGUGGUGCUUCAACCAGCUCGGGGUUCAGAACAUGGUGUUGCCAUGGCGAGUACCUCGCUGGCUCAAGCCAAUUUGAGUCAAGACACGUUCACGGAAGAGCCAUCACAGAUGCUCGACGACAGCAAUGAUUUGACAUUCCCAGACAUUUCUAUGUCAGUCCGUAGUGGACUACCCGAACAACAGCAACAUAACGCUUUGAACGAAGCCUCGCCGUCUAUAAGCUCCACAGGCCCUGCAGGUAAAAUCACUACGACACUUGUUUCGAACGGUAACGACGCAUUACGGCUUUUGUACCAACCUGCGAUUGAACAUGCCAACAAGGAUGGUUCCUCACCAAACCAUCAAGUUCCUGUACCACGGCAUACACUGGGACGCACCGGAGAUACUUCGAGUCCCGGGACAAAUGCCUCUGUCAGGCCACAAAGGCUUAUUGAUGUCUCUACUGCCAAUCAUAAUCCCUUGACGGUGUGGCGGUCCUUCCGCUUUGUCAGAAUGGGCUGGUUUACAGCUGAAGAGGCAGUCAGAUAUAUCGACUUGUUUCAGCAAAAUCUAGCACCGCUAUCCCCGGUCUCAAGAGGCUUUGACCUGAGCCACGAAAAACACUACCGGCUCAUCACACAAGAACCUCUCCUAUGCUGCGUAAUUCUGAUGAUAUCAUCGCGCUACCACGUCUUGAGUGGUCACGGCGGUCUGGCCAGGAGCACUAUUGUGCACCACCGACUAUGGGAGCACUGCCAGCAUCUCGUCAUGAGAAUCAUCUUUGGUCAAGAGAAGCGAUCCAAAGCAAAGACGAGAACUCGAGGAUCCAUCGAAGCUCUUCUGCUGAUCAUAGAGUGGCACCCGCAAGCGAUACAUCUACCGCCGGCUUCGGAUGGCUGGGACUCGUCUACCUUACUCAGCGAGUUAGAUCCUCGGGAUGACCAGUUCGAUAAUCAGGCUGAUGACACCAACGAUAAUGAAGCUCAGUGGCUUAGAGAUGUGAUCCUCCCAGCCAAGACGUCUGACCGUAUGUCUUGGAUGUUGUUGGGCUGUGUGCAAUCUUUGGCUCUUGAACUUGGGCUUUGCGAUGAUGGCGAAAGAGGUGACACGGCUACACAACCACCGGGAUACAAAGCCGAGCAGACACGAUUACGGGAUCUGUUGUAUAUAUUUCUAGAGCAGCAGUCCAGUCGACUAGGAUGCCCUUCUAUGAUGCCGACUUCUGUUUCACGCUUCAUGUCAGAGCCCUCCGCAAGAGACGUGCAGGGCAAGUCAGCCACAGUGACAGCAUGGCUCGACCUGACCAAUCUUACCCGAACCAUCAUCGAUGUUCUAUGUCCCUCAGCUGCAGGAAUUAGAGAGAUUCUUAGCAGCUGUAGAUACAUAAACAUCAUAAAACACUUCCAGAAACAGCUAGUGGCUUGGAAGACAACUCAUCUCAGUCACGAGAAUUCAUCACCUCAUGCACACGAAGACUUGACCAUUGAGUUCAAUUAUCUCCGCGCUUUCAUGAAUUCCUUUGGCAUCCAAGCCGCCGUCGAUCGAGUGCUUGGUAGAAGGCCCCCAAACUCGAUCGACACUGAUGUUCUCCAGUCAUCCAUCACGGCAACAGACUACUCUUUCAUCAGGGAAGUCAUUAAUUCGUCAUGCCAAGCUCUAGAGUCAGUGAAUAGGCUCUUCGAGGCUGGUACGCUCCGGUAUUGCCCUGCCCGAGUAUUCCUCCGCAUCAUCAUGGUUUCUAUCUUCCUUCUAAAAGCGCUGAGUCUUGGAAUUCGAACAACAGAUCUGGAGACCUCCCUUGGGGUAUUGGAGCGAAGUAUCCGAGCUUUGAGGAACAGUAGUCUCGACGAGAUGCAUCUAGCUUCUCGGUAUGGAGAGUUGCUGGACAUGCAUCUGGAGAGGUAUAGGCAAAGCAUGGUCCCAACCACGGUUCCACAGGGGAUCCGUGCAGAGGACCAAACCUCCCAAUGGAUAUUCGACAAUAGCGUGCCUCCAGUAGAUGAUUCAUUGGGGGGUUUGUCGAUGCCAGCUGUGGAUGACUGGCUUGCACUGCCGUUUGAUCCAAGUAUGGCUCCAUUCGGCUUCGCCACUGACGACCCCGAGAUGGCUGAGCCAGAAGAUAGGUCGUGGGAUUUCUUAUGGAGCUUACCGAACGUAUAA